CUGCUGGAAGGGCUGAGCCAGGCGACGCCCACCCUGGACGACCACUCCCUGUUCAGCAGCUCCGGGUCGCUGUCUCCCGCCGCCUCCGACCUGGACCUGGACGACGCGGCCGCCCGCGGGGAACCGCCAACAAUCCCACAGAGUGUUCCAACUGCAUCAGAAGAUGAACUGGAGCGCAGCACUGAUGACAACCUGAGUGGCGAUUUGCUCCAGCUGAUGGUGCCGGUGGCCACGGAGAGGCUGCUGCCCUCGGGAGGCGACCAGACGGACGAGGACCUGGCCGACGAGGACAUGGCCUCCGGCUGGGCGGUCGAGGUGCUGCAGCUGCCGGCGUCCCUCGAGCUGGACGUCAGGGUGCGCAAGGGCUCCGAGCCGCUGGGAAUCAGCGUGGAUGCGGUGGACAGGGGGGAGAACGGCAUGCUGGUGAUCGCCCUGGCGGCGAACGGCGCGAUGGCGAGGGACGGGCGGGUGGUGCCAGGGGACUACCUCAUCUCCGUCAACAACGAGAGCCUGCGCAGGGUGACCAACGCGCAGGCCCGCGCCAUCCUGCGCAGGGCCCAGCUGCUUUCCGCCGAUAUCAGCGUGACGUACAUCCCUGGAGAGGCUGCUGCGGUGUACAGGAAGUCUCUGCUGGACGCGGAGCCUGUUGCCCCACCCCCCCUCAGGCGGCAGACGCAGAUAUCUCCCAGCUCCCCGUACAUCUACGAGGGGCCGGCGGUCGACGAGGAGGCGGCGGGGGGCGCGGAGCGCGAGGACUCCGACUCGGAGCGUGACCGCGUGGGUGGGGAGGAGCAGACGCAGGAGCGGCUGGGCUACGAGCCGGGGGCGGACAGCGAGGGGACGGCGAGCGGCGAGGCCAGCCCCGCGGACGCCAUGACGGUGACGCGGCCCGACCGGCAGCCUGCCCCCCCCUCCUCCUCCUCCUCCUCCGCGCUGCUGGCCAGGCACUGGGGGCCGGAGCGCACCGUGGAGGUGCUGCGGGAGCCCAACUGCAGCCUCGGCAUCAGCAUAGUCGGGGGCAAGGUGGAUUUGUACAAUGCAGGACCAGACAGUGGUUCUGCUAUCUCUGGAAUCUUUAUCAAGAACGUUUUGCAGCAGAGUCCCGCUGGCCGGGCAGGAGAGCUAAAGACGGGGGACAGGAUCCUGGAGGUGGACGGCAUCGACCUGCGGCAAGCCAGUCACGAGAGAGCGGUCGAAGUCAUCCGCGGCGCUGGCAACCCCGUGCGCUUCCUGGUGCAGUCGCUCAUUCAGUGGAGUGUGGACGGGGAUGUAGAGAGUCAAACGUCUGAAGUUGCGUCCGCAUCCUCCGCAGGAGCAGCUGGUGGCUCAGUGCGAAAGAGACGAGCCCCUCCACCUCCUUCCCCCACUACCGAGCUGCUAAGGUCGGCACCCCCGCCCGUCCCUCCGGCUCGGACUCCCACCCCCGAGCUAAUACAGGAGGGACUGGGUGACGUAAUGAAACAGGAGCUACAGCAGAAGAAACGGGCGUCGGUCCACCAGAAGCCGCCGCCGCCUGGGCCCCCGUCCGACGCCAGGCGCCAGUCGCAGGUGGCCAGGCGCCGGGUCUCCAUCAGCGAGCGGGCGCCAGAUGCCAAGAGGCCGCCGGAGGAGGCGGGAGGGUACUCGUCGAGCGAGGACAGCGACGAGGAGGACGUCCGUGACUUGGAGGGUCGCAUCAUCACGAAGACCGGGCGCGAGAUUGACCGUGCAAGUGCAGCCAACAUCAAAAGGACUCCAGAGGAAAUAACCGCUGAUACUGAGGAAGAAGAUGAGUUUGGAUACACGACCAACAAGGCGAGGAAGAAGUACGCCGCGCAGGGGCAGACGGUGGUGGUGGCGCAGCUGGAGCGGGGUCACCAGGGGCUGGGCAUCAGCCUGGCCGGGCACAAGGACCGCAGCCGCAUGGCGGUGUUCGUGUGCGGCCUGAACCCCGCCGGCUCGGCCUUCCGCUCCGGCGGCCUGCAGGUCGGCGACGAGAUCCUCGAGGUGAAUGGCGUGGUACUGCAAGGAAGAUGUCACCUGAACGCCUCAGCAAUCAUUAAAGGAUUGGCUGGUCCGAUCUUCAAGGUCAUUGCGCUGAGGCGUGAUUCCGCACUUGCAGACCUAGCUGUGAAGCCAAUCACUCAGUUCCCGGUCACGCUUGAUGAUGAGACACCUGAAGAAAAGUAUAGCAACUUCAAAGGCCUACGAACGGUUUCUAUCAAGAAGCCAAGUAUGGUGGAGGUAGCUUCGAGUCCCACACAGCAGGGUGCACAGGGGCUGGGUAUCAUGAUAAUUGAGGGAAAACAUGCGGAGGUCGGUCAAGGUAUCUUUAUAUCGGACAUCCAAGAGGGCAGUGCAGCGGAACAGGCUGGACUUGUUGUAGGCGACAUGAUCUUAGCUGUGAAUAAAGAUACUCUUCUGGGGUCAGAUUACGAUUCGGCGGCGUCACUGCUGAAGAAGACGGAAGGCAUCGUGACGCUGGUGGUGUGCAACCCGAACAAAGCCAAAGAGGAGGACCGGAAGGCGGAGCCGGGCGGCGCGGCGGUGCCCGACGCCAAGGGCGCCCGCAGCCCCACGCCCACCAAGGCAGGCGCCGCGCCUGCCCUCAAGGAGCCGGAGAAGCCGAGAUUACUUCCUAAACCUAUAAUCUCAUCUUCCAAACCUCAAAAACCCUUGCCCCCCAAAUCUCUUCCCGCCACCCCAUCGUCCCUCAUGCCAAAUGAACCGCCCUCCGCGACUCCUGCCCGCCCCUCGUCGCUCGCCGUGACUCCCGACACUGUGAACUUCCACGCGCCGCCCUGCGGGGCCCGCCUGUCGCCCACGCCGUCCGGGAAACUCUGCUCUUCCACCCCGGAAGAACCCGCAGCGGACCCCACCACGUGCGAGAUCGUGGUCGGCAAGGAGACCACCAUCGAGAUCAACAAGGACAAGAUGGGUUUGGGCCUCAGCAUCGUAGGAGGCUCGGACACUCUUCUGUCGGUUAUCAUCAUCCACGAAGUUUACCCUGAUGGCGCAGCAGCCAAAGAUGGGCGACUCAAACCAGGUGACCAGAUCUUGGAGGUGAAUAGUGAAGAUUUCCGCAGCAUCACUCACAGCAAAGCUCUGGCAGCCCUGAGGCAAACUCCUGCUAAGGUAAAAAUGGUGGUUUUUCGGGACGAGUCCACAGCAAAGGAUGACGACAUAUUUAACAUUAUGGAAGUGGAACUCACGAAGAAGCCGGGUAAAGGCUUGGGCCUCAGUAUAGUCGGCAGGAAGAAUGGCAACGGUGUUUUUAUCUCCGAUGUGGUUCACGGCGGCACGGCGGAAGCCGACGGGAGGCUGAUGAAAGGAGAUCAGAUCCUCGCAGUCAACGGGCAGGACCUGAAGGGCGCGACGCAGGAAGAGGCGGCCGCUGUGUUGAAGACGGCCACCGGCCGCGUGACGAUAAAACUGGGCCGCCUGAAAGCUACCUCCAGGGGGGGUUCGGGCAUUAGUGGCUCUGACAGGGACAGUAGUGCAUCUCCUGCCCCUUGGGCAGACACUGCCAACAUUCCCUGCUCAGUGGAACAAACUUUCCCUCGUUUGUCUACCAAGAGGGCAUCUCUCAUCAGGCAUUUUGCCACCUGGUCGUUUCGCAGGAGGAACUUGUAGAAUCUCGUUAUCGUUCCCGGGGAAAGGGGGGAGUGAGCGUGCUCUGUAUUGCGUGCAAAAUGCAAGAAGAAAAGUGUGACACUGCUGGUGAAUGCACAGAUUUGUGAAAGACAUAAUAAUACAAACUUUCAAAACAUAAACUGUACAUAUGUCAAUAGGAAAAAAAGUGUGUAUAUUGUAAACUCUUGUAAAUUCAAGGGAACCUAAUGGACAUUUAAAAUUCAAAGACUUUCAUCAUAUGCUAACUUUUAUUUAUAAAAUAUAUAUAUAUAUAUAUAUGUUUAAGUGUAUUUGUAAUUUUAUUUCAAAUUUUAAAAUAUUAUCCUUAUUUUUCCAUGCGGCUUUUGAAUAGGAAGUAAAUGAAAAAAAAAGGUGAGUGGUCACAGAAAGAGUACCAUAUCUUUUUAGUUUUAAAAAAUUUAAUGAGUUAAUUAUUUAUACUCUUUGUUUUUCAGACUACCUAGUGAAACUAAUAUUUGUCAAAAGAACCAUACUUAUAUAAUUUUAGUUUUAAAUGUGUAUUAUAAAAUAAAUUGAAUCCAGUUUUAUUUGGAUUAUUCUAUAUUUUGACACAACAUGAUAGAAAAAAAAAACAUCAUUGCACAUAGCAAUUUCAUGCUGUAUUUUAUGAAAGACAGUAUAUCUUCAACUUCCAAAUAAUAGGAAAAUAAUUUGCAAGAUGCAAUUGCAAUUCAGGAUUAUGACUUUUGAAUAUAUGAUAGUCAGUAUUAUUAUUUGUAUUGCACAUCAAUUUAAUAAAUAAAAAAAAAAGCAGUCAACAUUUUUCUUUGUUAAAAAUAAAAGUUAUAAAAACCUUGUCUCCUUUUUACAAUUCUAAUUGGCCUCUUGUUCAAAGGGAGAGAAAGCUUACUGAAAGCCACAUGUAAUAAUUUUGACAUUAUGUUAAUCUUAUAUGUAUUUAUUCAGGCAACUCUAGUAUGACAAUUUAAAAAAAAAUCUUUUUAUAUGUAUGGUCAACAGAAAAAAAAAACUCAGUAUGUGACAUUUCAUUGCCACAUACUUAAUAAUAUUUUAAAAAAAAAUCAGUUUUUCUUUACCAAGCAAUUUAAUUUGUUCUGUGAGCUAUUGAGUUUGAACUUUUUCCAAAAUCAGUUCCCUGUUAAAUGCUGGUGCAAUUUUUUUUCUACCCAUAUGAUUACCCUAUUCAUUAUCCACUGAUAUUGACGGUAAUUAACCUAAAGUCGCAGUUACUUGUUGUUGGUAUCAAUUGAAAUAACAUUAGUAACUUUAAAAUAUUGGUCAUAUACAGCGAUAAUCAAUGAUGUAGAUUGCCUCAUUUCAUAAUCGGGUUUUUAAGAUAGUUACAUGAAAAACACUGAUACUUUUCAUCGUUACACGUAACUAUGUCCAUCUCAUGGUCAUUGCUAAAAGCCAAUAUGUUCAGCCCCUACUAACAUUCCCCCCCCCCCCCCUUUUUUUUUUCUCUAAAUAGCAUUGUGAUAUUUCAAGUAGUUUACCAAUAUUUCACAUGUUUGCACAGUUAGUUAGAUUAGCUAUACUUAAAUUCCUGUGAAUUGUUGUAAAUGGUAGGUUAGUUUAAAUAAGUGACAUUAAAGAUACUAAACAGUGUUUUUCGGGACAGUGGGACUAAAAAAAAAAUAUAUUUUCGGAAUUUUAAUUUAUUCAAAUGAGCACCAGUUCUGGGAAAUUAUCUAUUUUAACAUGUUUCACAGAAUCAGUUAAAAAAAAAAAAAAAAAACUCAAGUUUUAAGUUAAGUAUGUUUUCAUUGUUAAAAGUGGUAUGAUCUCAAAGUCAAUUUUUUUUGUAUAUUGAAUACAUUUUUUUUAAUAGUAAUGUAUGUAUUUAGUUCUCAAUGACAAGAGCAAGUCUGUGUUGAUGUCGCCCAUUAUAAGAUGCAGGAAUUUGAAUCUAAUGAACGUCCAUCAGACUGAGUCACUAGGAUCACAGUAGUCGGCUGUCUCUAGUGUUCUCCAUGUUCAAAGACCUGAGUUUCCUAUAUUGUCCUAUGACAAUAUUUGCUAAAAUGUUAAAAAAAUUCAUAACCCCGCUGCAUGUUUCAUGUAAAUGUGUAACCUAUGUGGUGAUUUAAGCAUUGUUUGAAAAUAUACCAUCUUCUUGAUUGACCGGUAACAAGUAUGAAAACAUGGAUUGAACCAUGUUAUCAGAUUUGUUACACAUGUUUCAAUUAUCUUCCAAACUUAACUUCCACACACCCACGUGCACAAUCUUGUCAUGUUAGUUCAAAUUAUAUUACAUUAUUGAUAGUUUACCUACCAAAGUUUCUUUUAUUUCCAAUUUGCAUAAUAUACCUAAUUAACUACAAAUACCUGAAAAUGCAAAGACAUGAAGUACUUGUCCAUUACAAAUUUUUAGUAUAAAAUCUAGAGCUCAUGUUUGUUUGAAAAAUGUACCUACGUAAUUUUAAUUCUACAAAAUAAAAUUGAUGGCACAGAAGAAAAUUUGCAGCAUGUUUUAAAGCUUUUAAUAAGUUCGGAAACAAUCAUUUAAAGGGUAGACUGUUUCAAAAUAAUAGUUAAUAUUUUUAAUUUAUUGACCUUUUUUUAUUUUUUUUACACCUAGAUUCAGAUUUGUGCUUGAGAAAAUUGUUUGGAUUCAACCUAUCACUAAUAAUUAGGUGUUUUUUUUUUCUUACAGUUUGGGAUAGUUUAUUUCUGAGAUAAUAAAAUUAGAAACUUUGGGAAAACUCAAUCUUAUUAAAAAAAAAAAAAAACAACUUUUAAUCAGAAUGUUUAUAGAUGGGCAGUUAUUGCUAGUUUACGUUGGUUUGCUAUGGAAUAUUACCUAUUUUAAAAUGUUUACAAUAUUUAUCACAGAGUUCUGCGUGUAAAAUUGUACCAAAGCAAACGGUGUAAGCUCAUUUAAACUGAUUACUGAUGGAAAUCAAUUUCAUUAUUCCUGGUAGAGCAAGAUGACAUUGGAUUGUAAUGAAAAUCUUUACACUGCUCUUCGUGAUGUAUAUCUGUAUGUUACUUUAUAACCUAAUGACCACAGACAACUUAAUAGUAAAUUUUAAAAUACUUCAUUAGUUAUAACUUAUACCUACAUUUCAAAUCAUGUGAAUAACUCAUGCAUAUAUAGAAUGUUUAUUACAUACUUCCUUGGUCAAAAUCAGCACUUUUUUUAAAUACACUUUCUGACAGGUUUUUUUUUUCCAAAACAAACAAAUUUUGUUAUUAAAAGGGAUUUAUUUUUUUUUCCCUAUAAAUCAUGUUGCACAGCUUCACUUAAUUAAUUGCAACUCAAGUCAAAUGUAUUGUUACGUCAAUUCUUAACUUUGUUCAAGUAUUACUAUUAUUUUGGUUAGAUAUGAUUGACUAGUAUUUUUUUGUAUUGAGGUCUAAGAAACGAUAUCUGUUAAAAUACAUUCAACCUGUACAGUCAGUAUUUUUAGAUGCAGUCAGAUCUAUCAAAGCAGUAGGUAUAAGGCUUAUGUUUCUAGUGUAUUUAUUUCAAAUAUAAUUAGUACUUAUGUAUGGUGCAUAGAAAUUACAUUUUCCAGCUAAGAGGGUCUUCCUCGUGUAAUGUAAAACAUUUUGUAUUCGAAACAUUAAACAAAAAGUUACACAAGUGUGGUGUUUUGACAGAGUUUAAUUUUUAGAUGGUUUAAGGAAUGUUUUUCUAUUAUGGUUAGCUGGCAAUGCUCAAUUUCUAUGUACAGGUUUGUUUGGUGCUAUGUGUAAUGUGUUGUGGUAGUGUUGGUUUUUGUAAUAUAGCAUCUUCAGAUGUGUACAUGGUGCUUGGAUAGAGUGUAGAAAUGGCUCAUUACUUCUUAAUGAAUGUGCUGUACCUAGAUUAGUGUCUUUAUUUUAAGACAUAGUGAUUGUAACUCAGGUCUGGUUUGCAUGCAUGCACAUCUUGUAUUAACUUACAUCUCUGAUGGCCUGUAUUAUUGUUUACAGUUUUAAAAUUAAUUUAUAAAAAGUUCAUUAAGUCAUUACCAUACAUUAUGCCUACAACGUUUUUGUAAGUUUUACCAAAGAAGGUAAGGUAUACUUAAAUUUUCAUAGGUAGAGUUAUUUUAGUUUUGAUGUGUGCACAUAACAUUUUAAGAAAACUGUUGUGCCUACCGAAUGUUUGAAGAAAUUAAAAAUUAUUUAGUCCUGAGCUACAUAUAUUAUAGUAAAGACUGUUAGGGUGUGUAUGAAGUGCAGAAUCAUUGUUGGUACUUGCACUAUUCUGACUACAUAGUAAUAAUGUUUUAUUUCUUGUCCUGUUUUCGCUCACAUUGCAGUAAAUUCAAAUGCAUAUAUUAAAUAAGUAUUAAUUAAUUACUUUUCGCAGAUACAUUUCUCUCGAUUAUGUAUGCCAUACCUUUGUGUAUAUAUAUUUACUUGCUUCACAUAAAGUUUAGAUGCUAUUAUAAUCUUAAUAAUUUCACCUUAGGAAUAGUUAAAUAAGAUUGUAAAAUCUUGCUUCAAUGUCUUAUGCAUAGUUAUGUAAAGUUCCCUGAAAAUUAUGAAUGAUCUUCCUACAAACUAUUAUGUUAUAAAUCAUAUUUGUGUUAAAAAAAAAACCUAUAUAAGACAACUGGGGGUGUAAAUAAACACUAA